AUGUCCCAAAACGGUACUAUGGCCGCUUUUACUUGGCCUAAUGCUGCGCAUGGAACUACUUCAUCAGACACGACGACGUCGCAUUCGUCGCAUUUGCCUCUACCUUCUGCAUUCACACCAACUGCGAAGAUUGUUAACGUUCCAUAUAUAGCGAAACCCCCAACUGGGAAAAGUACUGGUGUUUCCUACAAAGCGAAGCCUCCUACACCGACUUUUACGGCAUCGAAGGGAGACAGAUUGCUCGCUUGGGAUGCUUCUACAGUCGCAUCGACUGCCGUAGAUUCCGUCGUUUUCUAUCUAUCGGACGUUGCUGAAUUGACUUCCACUGCCUCAGACGGAGGUGCGUUCUUCUCCUCCUCCGUGUCCACGACUGCUAUUGCCUCCGCUACAAUCACUUCAACAGCAGUAGACUCUGGUAUCUUCUACUCGUUAGAAAUUCCUACUUUUACUUCUACUGUCCCCGAUGGAGCGACGUUCUUCUCUUCGGACGUUCCCGUCUCUAGCAUCGGCUGCCAUCAGUGCACAGCUUGUACACAGACGACGUCGAACGCCAGUGCUUACACCAAUGCGUCUCCUUUCCCAAAAGCAGUUUCAAACAAUCCUUGGAAUCCAUAUAUAGCACCGCCGAUUGAUGUGUCACCAUCGUACGUCGAUUACGGCACGGUGUCCACCCUGAUGCCUAAAGCUACCGGAGUCGCUUUCGAUCGCGGCACACCUUUCGAAAUGACUGAUCCAACAAUGCCAAUAGCAAAUGCAUCGUCUGAUCUUCAUUCAGCCUUCACCAAGCAAGACGGUCCCCGCUUCGCGAAAGACCCAGGCCACAUCAUCGGUGUCGUCAUACUGGCCCUCGGUAUCGUUCUCGUAUGCUUCCUAGCGAUCAAGUACUUUAAGAGUUUAAUUCCCACGACCCACGAUCUGGAAAAGGGAAACAGCCGCCGUCGCUAUCCAUAUUAUGAAGAAGUCGUCCGUGGACGACGACGCUACCGUGACGGAUCACCUCAAAGCACCCGUCAUGCUGACAUACCAAUUUCGGAGGGAUAUGGUAUGGAUCCGGUCGACCUUGCUCGCGCACAGAAUUGGCAAGACGGCUUCGACGAAAAAGGUGCGUAUGCGACGCGAGAUGGUGUAGAUCGAGGGACAGCCACUGAUAACUUCCAGUCAGUUGCGACGCAUGGAACUGGUGAUAAUACUGGAUAUCAGCUGCAAUUACCCAGCUUUAUACCAACGCGCAGCUCGAAUCCAAAGUCUCGUCCUGUCACCGAGCUGCCGGCGCUCGCCCGUAAUCCGGAGUAUACAGCCGGUCAGCCAGUCUCGCCGCUGGGUGCAAACGGCCCACCACACGAUUAUAACCGCACGCGAGAUUACAGCGACGUAUCACCGCUACAUUCGCCCACAAUGCAUCGCCAAAAUCUCAGGUAG